CAGCGGCACGACAUGGCGGAGACUGCCCCCGGAGUGGGCUGCUUCAAGGCCAACUAUGCUGUCGAGCGCAAGAUUGAGCCUUUUUACAAGGGCGGGAAAGCACAGCUGGACCAAACUGGCCAGCACCUCUUCUGCAUCUGUGGUACCAGAGUCAAUGUCCUGGAGGUGGUCUCGGGGACCGUGCUACAGAGCCUGGAGCAGGAGGACCAAGAGGACAUCACCGCCUUUGACCUCAGCCCCGAUGAUGAGGUGCUGGUGACUGCCAGCCGGGCACUGUUGCUGGCUCAGUGGGCCUGGCGAGAGGGCAGCGUCACCCACCAGUGGAAGGCGAUACACACAGCUCCCGUUGCCACCAUGGCCUUCGACCCCACCUCAACACUGCUAGCCACUGGUGGCUGUGAUGGGUCCGUGCGCGUCUGGGACAUUGUGCGGCACUAUGGGACACACUACUUUCGGGGCUCACCUGGUGUUGUGCAUUUGGUGGCGUUCCACCCAGACCCUGCACACCUGCUGCUGUUCUCCUCAGCCACGGAUGCCGCCAUCCGUGUAUGGUCACUGCAGGAACGGUCGUGCCUGGCUGUGUUGACUGCCCACUACAGUGCUGUCACCUCUCUGGCAUUUGGUGCUGAUGGCCACACCAUGCUCAGCUCUGGCCGUGACAAGAUCUGUAUCAUCUGGGACCUUCAGAGCCGCCAGGCCACGAGGACUGUACCAGUGUUUGAGAGCGUGGAGGCUGCUGUGCUGUUGCCAGAGGAGCUGGUGCCUGAGCUGGGUGUUAAGUCCCCAGGCCUGCACUUCCUGACAGCUGGUGACCAAGGCACGCUGCGUGUGUGGGAGGCAGCUUCAGGGCAGUGCGUGCACACACAGCCUCGGCCGCCAGGCCCCAGGCAGGAGCUGACCCACUGUGCCCUGGCCCGUGCCGCCGGCCUGCUCCUUGCCAUCACCGCUGACCACAACCUGCUGCUCUACGAGGCGCGGUCUCUGCAGCUGCAGAAACAGUUUGCUGGCUACAGUGAGGAGGUGUUGGAUGUCCGGUUCCUUGGGCCUGAGGACUCCCAUGUCAUUGUGGCCUCCAACAGCCCAUGCCUGAAAGUGUUUGAGCUGCAGACAUCAGCCUGUCAGAUCCUCCACGGCCACACAGACAUUGUCCUGGCCCUGGAUGUGUUUCAGAAGGGGCGACUCUUUGCCAGCUGUGCCAAGGAUCAGAGCAUCCGCAUCUGGAGGAUGAACAAGGCUGGCCAGGUGGCUUGCGUGGCUCAAGGCUCUGGCCACACACACAGCGUGGGCACCAUCUGCUGCUCUAGGCUGAAGGAGUCCUUCCUAGUGACAGGCAGCCAGGACUGUACUGUGAAGCUGUGGCCCCUCCCUGAAGCCCUGCUAUCGAAGAGAGCAGCCCUAGACAGCGGCCCCAUCCUCCUGCAGGCCCAGACCACCCAGCGCUGCCAUGACAAGGAUAUCAACAGUGUGGCCAUCGCCCCCAACAACAAGCUGCUGGCCACAGGCUCACAGGACCGCACAGCCAAGCUCUGGGCCCUGCCGAAGUGCCAGCUGCUGGGCGUCUUCUCAGGCCACCGGCGAGGCCUCUGGUGUGUCCAGUUCUCACCCCUGGACCAGGUGCUGGCCACAGCCUCUGCUGACGGCACCAUCAAGCUCUGGGCACUGCAGGACUUCAGCUGUCUCAAGACAUUUGAGGGGCAUGAUGCUUCUGUGCUGAAGGUGGCCUUUGUGAGCCGUGGCACACAGCUGCUGUCCAGCGGUUCCGACGGGCUCGUGAAGCUGUGGACCAUUAAGAACAAUGAGUGUGUGCGGACACUGGACGCCCAUGAGGACAAGGUCUGGGGGCUGCACUGCAGCCGGCUGGAUGACCGCGCCCUCACGGGUGCCAGCGAUUCCCGCGUCAUCCUCUGGAAGGAUGUGACUGAGGCAGAGCAGGCACAGAAGCAGGCCAAGCAGGAGGAGCAGGUGGUCAAGCAGCAAGAACUGGACAACCUGCUCCAUGAGAAGCGUUUCCUGCGGGCGCUGGGCCUGGCCAUCUCCCUGGAUCGGCCCCACACUGUGCUGACCGUUAUCCAGGCCAUCCGGAGGGAUCCCAAAGCCUGUGAGAAGCUAGAAGCCACUGUGCUCCGACUGCGGCGAGACCAGAAAGAGGCCCUGCUGCGCUUCUGCGUCACAUGGAACACCAACUCCCGGCACUGCCAUGAAGCCCAGGCCGUGCUGGGUGUGCUCCUGCGGCAUGAGGCCCCCGAGGAGCUGCUGGCCUAUGAGGGCGUGCGGGCUGCGCUUGAAGCCCUGCUGCCCUACACUGAGCGGCACUUUCAGCGGCUCAGCCGGACACUGCAGGCAGCCACCUUCCUGGACUUCCUGUGGCAGAACAUGAAGCUGCCCACUCUCCCAGCUGCCCCCAUGGCCCCCUGAAACACAUGAAGGCGUAUUUUUCUAUCUUG